ACCACUUUUCUCUUCCUAACCCAACCUGCCACCUUGGUUUCAGCGCCGUCCAGAUCUGCAAUCUGGGCAAGCCGUCAUGGCAUCGCUUUGGACACUGUUCGGGAAAAUGCUAGGUGACAUGUCUCCAUCGCCCCAGGAAGAGAGCGCUGUUGUCGAGGCGCCCACGUUGGAAGCACAAGCCCCUUCCCCUUCCCCCGCGCCCUCCGCUGUCAUCGUCGAUGAAGGUGGCGCAGACGAGGCUCAGCCUGGGCAGGAUGUUGAAAACACUCCCGAGCCGAAUACUAGUUCAAGCGCCGCUCUUGAUACCUCAGAUGUUCAAGUCCCUCCUUUUGUACCCCUCGAUAUACCCGACCAGGCCAGUGUGCCCAACUCGCACGAGCUUCAGGUUGGACAGGAUGUUGGAGAAGUCUCCGAGCCGCAUUCCAGCUCAAACUCCCAGAAGACCCUGGACGUACCAACCCCUCCUGUGCCUUCCAUUGUCUUAAACCGAUGCGACACUCAAGAAUAUGAGCCGAACAUUAGUUCAGGCGCCCUCGCAACUUCAGAGAUGCCAGCCCGUCGUGUGCACAUGGCUGAGGCCAGCAAACACACAAGGACCACCUCUGCCUCUAUGCUCCAUCGCCGUUCAGGCUCUCGAUCGAUCCUUCGACCAUUGUCUACGGCAACCUUCACAACCAUUGGUGAUGACAAAGAUUUUCGGCUCGAAGAAUGGAUGAAGGAUCUUUUCAGGCGAGCGGAGGACGAUGGGCUUAAGUCAAGCGAGCUUGGAGUGAUGUUCAGGGAUCUGCGUGUCGUUGGCGUGGGUGCUAGCACUGCGUUACAACCUACAGUAGGCUCCCAAUUCAAUCCACGCUCGUUACUUUCGAUUAUCAACAAUUUGCGCCACCCACCACUUCGUGAUAUUCUUUCAGGAUUCGAAGGUGUCGUAAGACCAGGGGAAAUGCUUCUCGUUCUUGGUCGUCCCGGUUCAGGGUGCUCCACCUUAUUGAAAACAAUCGCCAAUCAACGGGGCGAGUAUCACUCCAUUUACGGCGACGUCUUUUAUGAUUCCCUAACCUCGAAGGAUAUCGAGACAAGGUAUCGCGGGGACGUCAUCUAUUGCCCAGAGGAUGAUAUCCAUUUCCCAACUCUCACUGUCGAGGAAACGUUGUCUUUCGCUGCAACGAUGCGUGCCCCACACAAUCGCCUAGAAGGUCAAUCACGAAAAGAGUACGUCAACAUGGUGACCGAAGUCGUGAUGCGUGUCUUCGGCCUCGGUCAUGCUAGAAACACAAUGAUCGGAAACGCUGCUAUCAGAGGCAUUUCAGGAGGUGAAAAGAAGCGCGUUUCUCUGGCCGAGGCUUUGUGCUGCAGAGGUAGAAUCAGUGCUUGGGACAACCCGACAAGAGGUUUGGACGCGUCAACAGCCCUCGAAUUGAUCUGUACUCUUCGUCUUGCGACGGAUAUCUCGAAAUGCACGACCAUCACCUCCAUAUACCAAGCUGGUCAACAAUUGUAUGACCUAUUUGACAAGGUGUGCCUCAUACACGAGGGGAGAAUGGUGUACUUUGGACCCGCAAAGGACGCCAAACAGUAUUUCAUUAAUAUGGGUUACGAACCCUUCAAUCGGCAAACUACCGCAGAUUUCCUCGUUGGAGUGACGGAUCCAAAUGCUAGGAAAGUCCGGGAAGGAUUCAAUGGUGCUCCUCCCAAAACCGCAGAAGAGAUGGCUGUGUACUUCAAAUCGUCCGAGUUUGGAGAACGCAACCGCUCGGAUGUGGAAUCGUACUACGCAACCUACGUCAACAAGCCUGAACUAAGAGAAGCAUACGCAGUCAAUGCCCGUGCGGAGCAUGCGCGCCAUGCUCCCGAUAACAAGCCUUACGUUAUCUCCGUCCCGAUGCAAGUUCGCGCUGUGAUGCGACGACGGUGGCAGAUAUUAAAGGGUGAUUGGCUCACACAGGUGGUCAAUCUUGGAGGACAAAUCUUUCAAGGUCUCAUCAUGGGCACCGUGUAUUUGAGGGUAUCCGACUCCACGAGCGCAUUUUUCUCUCGCGGCGGUGUUAUGUUUUUCGCUCUUUUGUUUAGCACUGUCGCUGCAAUGGCUGAGAUCGACUCUCUUUUCGCUCAGCGUCCAAUUGUCCUUCGGCAACGUAAUUUGGCCAUGUAUUACCCUUUCAUCGAGAGUCUCGCGCACACAAUCGUCGACUUCCCCAUUGCCUUGCUCUGUCAGCUCGUCUUCGCAGUUGUUUUCUAUUUCUUGGUUCGUCUGCAACAAUCGGCUCAGCAAUUCUUCAUCUUUGUUCUUCUCACUUUCGCGGCAACGAUGGUGAUGAAAACUCUUUUCAGAGGUGUUUCAGCGUGCUUUAAGACACCUUCUGGUGCCAUUACUAUAGCUGGAUUAGUGAUGGUAUUCGGUAUUCUUUGCAGUGGGUACGUAAUUCCGCCCAGCGAGAUUAUAGGUGCUUUGAGAUGGAUUACGUACAUCAACCCUAUCCGAUAUGGCUUUGAAGCACUGAUGGUCAACGAGUUCCACACCAUUCAGGGAAUGUGCACGACGCUAGUCCCUCAAGGUCCUGGAUACGAAAAUAUUUCGAGCGCCAAUCAAGUGUGCACGACGGUCGGAUCCCAACCGGGUCAAUCAACCGUGGACGGGAACACUUUCUUAUAUUAUGCCUUCGGUUAUAAAUACGAUAAUCUCUGGAGGAAUUUCGGUAUCAUGUGUUCAUUCCUCCUAGGAUUCCUCAUAUUUUUGCUUAUCAUGACCGAGAAGAACGUGUCCUACGCGAUUACAACGUCUAUUACCCUCUUCAAACAAGGGACCAAUCUCAUGUCUGGCAGGAAUGACGAAGAGAAAUGUGUUCAAUCCAUGUCGAGCAAACUCGAGACGCCUGUUAUAGAGGCACCGAAUGAGAAAUCAGCAUUAGAUCCUCAUGUUCACCCGGAUAUUUUCUCGUGGAAUCACAUCGAAUACGUUGUCCCUGUCAAAGGUGGCGAAAGGAAGCUUUUAGACGAUGUGUCUGGUUACGUUGCUCCCGGCAAACUCACCGCGCUCGUGGGAGAGUCUGGAGCCGGCAAGACUACAUUGUUGAACGUUCUCGCUCAGCGUGUUUCGACUGGCAUUAUCUUGGGCGAUCGUUUCGUCAAUGGACGUCCUCUCCCCGCAAAUUUCCAAGCUCAGGUGGGUUAUUGUCAACAAAUGGAUACCCACCUUCCAGAGGCAACAGUACGAGAAGCGUUACUAUUCUCUGCCAAACUUCGUCAACCAGAGUCAGAAGCCUAUGUCGACAAAUGCUUGAAGAUGGUUGGCCUGGAGGCGUACGCUAAUGCAAUUGUUGGUUCGCUGGGAGUCGAGCAUAAAAAGAGAACUACCAUUGGUGUUGAGUUGGCCGCCAAACCCAAGUUAUUACUCUUUCUGGACGAGCCGACCUCAGGUCUGGAUUCCCAGUCAGCAUGGGCUAUCGUCAAGGUUCUCCGUGAACUAGCUAACCAUGGACAAGCUAUCCUUUGCACUAUACACCAGCCUUCAGGUGAACUUUUUCAAAUGUUUGAUCGCCUGCUUCUAUUGCGCAAGGGCGGCCAGACUGUAUACUUUGGUGAUAUUGGCGAGAUGUCAUCGACCUUACUAGGUUACUUCCAAAGGAACGGUGCUCCCUCAUCUGCUGAGUAUAUCCUCGACGUUAUCGGAGCGGGAGCCACUGCAACCUCUGAAAUUGACUGGCACAGCACUUACACAGCAGGACAAAGUCGCCCCGUAGUUGAAAUCCAUGUUACUCACUUGUGUUCAAGAUUUGCAACAUCCUGGAUGACGCAGUUUCUGAUGCUCACUGAACGUGGUUUGGUCAGUUAUUGGAGAAAUCCGACAUACAUGAUGUCCAAGGUCGUACUUAAUAUUGCUGCGGGCUUUAUCAUCGGGCUUGUGUUCUUCCAAGCCAAUGACACUAUUCAGGGCACGCAAAACAAGCUCUUCGCUGUCUUCAUGGCGUCGAUGUGUUGCGUAGGUCUUGUGCAGCAGAUGCAAUCCGUAUACAUUUCUGUACGACAGAUUUACGAAAUCCGUGAACGACCCUCACGGAUGUACUCCUGGACGGCUUUCCUUACUUCUCAUCUCAUCAUUGAGCUACCCUGGAACGUGCUUGGCGCUUCUCUGUUUUUUGUCUCUUUCUACUGGACUGUAGGCCUAGCAACGUCUCGCGCCGCUUACUAUUUCCUUUUCUUUGGCGUCAUUUUCCCGAUCUAUUAUACCACAUGUGGCCAGGCGUUCGCAGCACUGGCUCCAACCCCAACCAUUGCCACUAUGCUCUUCAGCUCGCUAUUCGUGUUCACCAUUAUCUUGUAUGUCAAUAGUAAGAUGCCUGCGGAUUCUAUGGAAGUUACAUCCCGCUUUGCAGCCGUUGGCAACAUGGAUAUCAAUUGCUCCACCACAGAGCUUGUGGUUAUCCAGCCUCCCUCAAACAUGACCUGCGGAGAUUAUAUGACGAUGUUCAUCAGUGAACAACGUCAGCAUGCAACUACUGCCCUUAUCGCCACCACGGAUCAGUAUCUGGGUUCGAACUUCAACAUCAUGUACCAGCACCGCUGGAGGGACGUUGGAGUACUGCUCGGCUUCACAGGCUUUAACACGGUAGCUAUCUUUGUGCUGACGUAUUUAUUCCGUCUCCGUACUAAGCCAUUCUGGCCGACAAAGCGAAAGUAAACAGCUAAUCAUUGGUGACGGUUAACAUAUAUGAUGAUGUAUAUACGGUAGACAACGAGACUGAUCAUACAUGUCCUACACUAAUUAUAGGCAGACUUAAUAUAUGUGACUUGGAUGCAAAGUUUGGUACUUCGUAAUGUAGACACAAAGAGACUUCCUCAAGUUGUGCUAUUUAAUUAUCCAGACUCUGAUCUGUAGUUUAAAGUAGGGGGAAAACAGUAACCAUCCAUUAUGUGUUACAGGCCCUUUUAUAUACUAGGAG